CGUAACAAAAAUAUAUGCGUAGUUCAAGGGGUAAAUCGUAAGUUCCGUCUAUAAGAUCCCCACCCAGCCCACUGGGAGACGGAAAAAAAAAUAAUCUCGGUUUCGCUUCGCGUCGCGUGAGUGGGAAGGAAGCGAAAGCUCGCGAAAGGGCCUUGUCUUCCAGCGGAGCGGAGCGGGGGAGAUGGCGGGGAAGGGAGGCAAGGGCCUGCUUGCGGCGAAGACGACGGCGGCCAAGUCGGCGGAGAAGGACAAGGGGAAGAAGGCCCCCGUCUCCCGCUCCUCCCGCGCCGGGCUCCAGUUCCCUGUUGGCCGUAUCCAUCGCCAGUUGAAGCAAAGGACUCAGGCAAAUGGUCGAGUUGGUGCUACUGCAGCAGUCUACUCUGCUGCCAUUCUGGAGUACUUGACUGCUGAGGUUCUGGAGCUCGCCGGGAAUGCUAGCAAGGAUCUGAAGGUGAAGCGUAUCACUCCUCGUCACCUGCAGCUGGCCAUCCGUGGAGAUGAGGAGCUUGACACCCUCAUCAAGGGCACCAUCGCAGGUGGAGGUGUCAUUCCGCACAUCCACAAGUCCCUGAUCAACAAGUCCUCCAAGGAGUGAAGACUAGGAGAUGUGCAUCGUAGUUUAAACUGGACUUUUAUGUGCUCCUGUGUUGUAAGUCCCGGUCAUCGUGUAGGUUUUAGUUAAGCUAUCAGGUUGAAGUGAUCCUUCUGUGUAACGCUUUCCUGGUACUGCGUCAGUUAUUUGAACAUCGUGUUGUUGAGUUGUUAGCUUCAGGGGUGCAAACCUGGAUACUUAUUUAGUUAUUGUGACUUACUAUUCCAGUUCUGUCAUUGUUUGUUUUUAAUUGCCCCCUUGUAUUUUGCUGCGAUUCUACCUGAAUGGAUUGUGUACUGCCCAUAUUUAGGGUUAGUUGCUAA